AUGUGUAAAGAAGCGACAAUUAUAACACGAGUAAAAAUUGACGAUAAGAAAUUAGAUGAAAAGAAAAUUAUAAAUUUUAACAAUGAUAAAACAAUCCGAAUACCUAUUGAUGAAGAAUCAAAAAUGUUAUGUAAUGUAAUUGUUCGUGCUACACAUGAUCUUCAUGUUAAUCAACAUAAAAAUCGAGAUGAAAUUCAAAUAUUUUUAAAAGAUGAUUGUCAAAAAUUAUCAACAAACGAACUUGUACGAAAGUGUGAAGAUUUAGUUGAACAACAUAGUAUUGAUAUAUAUGGACAUGUUACAAGUAAUAUUGAAUUAUCAAAAGUUUGUGAUUAUAUGGAUAAUUUUGUUGAUCAUUCUGCUCUUCAAUCUCUUCCAAAUGUACAUUGCGAAUUGUGUACAUUUGUUUUAAAAACAGCUAAAUAUAUGCUUGAUGCUAAACAUACAGAAGAUAAAGUACUUCUUUAUAUUGAUGAACAAAUAUGUUCACGUUUAACUGGUGCAGCAAAGAAAAAUUGUAAAGAAAUAAUUGAAACAAAUGGAAAAGAUUUAAUUAAUAGUAUUCAAUGUGGAACAAAAUCAAUGCUUCUUUGUACUCGUUUUCAAAUUUGUAUCGAUAAAGUUCUUGAUAAAUCAAGUUCAAUAGAAAAAAAUGAAAUGAAUUCAUUUCUUAAAGAAAAUAUUUGUAAAAAUCUUGGAUUAUUUAAAGAUGCUUGUAAUGCAUUUGUCGAAAAAGAUGCUAAUGGUCUUAUGCGUACACUUGCUAAUGAUAUGGAAGGCGAUGUUCUUUGCCGUAUAUUUGGAAUGUGUCCAAAGAAAAUGUCAUUUCUUGAUGAUUUAGCUAUUAAUGAUGAUAAAAAUAAAUGUCAACGAUGUAUUGAUGAUUUUACACGACGAAAACAUAUUGCUGAAAAACUUGUGAAUCAUUCAUCUGAAUUUCUUCAUCAUCUUUGUGGGCAAUUACCUGACAAAGAUGAUUGUCUCAAAACAGUUGAUGAAUCAAUAAAUGAACUCGUAAAUUUCAUUCGAACAUUGGAUCCACAAGAUAUUUGUAUAAAAUUAGAUUAUUGUAAUUCAACAAUGUUAGCAACAAUCGAACCAAUUCAAAUUAGUUCAACAGAUGAUUUAAUAUCAUCUUUAACGAGAGAUACACUCAAUUGUACUUUAUGCAAAUUGGCAUUUGGUAGUAUAAAAAAAGCUCUUACAACAAAUACAACAGAGCAAGAAAUUAUUCAAUAUAUUAAAGUUGAAAUUUGCUCUAAACUUGGAACAUUUACAGAAUUGUGUAAUAAAGCAAUCGAAACUGAAGGUCCAGCUAUUUUGACUAUGAUAUCGAAAGAUAUUGAUCCAAAACAAGCAUGUACUAUUAUGGGUAUUUGUUCGGGAAGUUCUGCAUAUGAAAAUUGUAAUGAUAAAUGUGAAUGUUGUAUGAAUGAAAUUGAAAUUCAUGAAGUACAAAUUGCUACAUUUUUGCGAUCAAUAGUUGAGAAUAUAAAAACUUUAUGUCAACGUAUGCCUGGAUCUGAUAAAUGUCUUGAAAUGACUACAAAAUUUGAUACAAAUGUCAAUCAAAUUACUUCACGUUUUGUAAGUAAAGAUUAAUAAUGUUUGUGAAUUUCGAAUAGUCUCUUUUGGAAUAUAGAAAAAAAAAAGCAAGAUCUUGAUCUUAGACUACAUUUAAAGAACUUUA